UUCUUAUGCCUCACUCUCUUCACUAUAUCUCAUCGUUCUCUUCACUAUACUUCAUUAUCAUCACUUACAAAGAGCUUGACCACACUUACAAGAGCUUCAUUGACUAGACAAGAAGGAUAUCUGAAACUAUUCACAUUAAUAAUAGAGAAGAAAUGAUGGAAUUCCUGAAUUUCGGAAUCAUAACUUUUGUGCUUCUUGAAAGUAUAAUCCCUAUUGUCUUAACCAAGGUUUUUGAUGAUGAGGCCUGCCAACCGAAGACUCCAGAACGUCAUUUCAAGCCUAAACAACCUAUAAUGACGUUGGAAAAAGAAUUAUUGGACCAGUUUAAUGAAAUCAUUGUAAUUGGUGAUCAACAUGGAUGUUACGACGAACAGCAGCUAUUAAUAAACAGAUACAAUCUCAAUGAUACAGUUUUGAAAAUAUUCACGGGUGAUAUUACCACGAAAGGUCCUAAAAACCUUGAAGUUCUGCGGUACAUUAAGAACUGCAAAUCUUGCAUCACUGUCAGAGGUAAUAACGACGAAAAAACUCUACAGGAAAUUUGGAUGAAAGAAGUUAAACAUAAUUUCACUUAUGACCGAUUUGGUGAAUGGAUGAACGACUUGACAGAGGAUGAAAUUAAAUGGUUGAAACAGCUUCCAUAUUCGCUUUAUCUGCCAAGUUUGAAUGCCAGAGUGUGUCACGGGGGAUUCUUACCAGGUGGAGUACCUAUUGAAGACAACAGACCUUAUACAAUUAUGAACAUCAGAACGGUUAUUACUGACCCGAGUUGUCCAGGUGGAUGGAGACCAACUCGAGAAGAGUUCCUCCAUUUGCAUAACGAUCCAUCGUUUCCGUGGGCUUCGCAAUGGCGUGGACCAGAACAUAUUUUUUUUGGACAUGAUCAUAAAAGGCAACUACAGUUGUAUCCCUUCGCAACUGGUGUGGAUACAGCCUGUGUUAGAGGACAUUACAUGACAGGAAUUUUUAUCAAAGGCCCGAGAAAAGGAACUUUCGCUACUCAACCAGCUUUGGCUCAAUAUUAUAGAGGGAAAGUUUAGCAUUUGGCAUUGCAUUAGCAUCAAAUAUGAAAUAAAGUGAUCAAAGAAGUUGUUAAAUGUAGUUUAACUGUUAAGUAAGACAGCGGAAAGGAGACAAACCUUCUUUGAAAAAAAAAAUGGCAAUCCAUGUUUUCGCCGGACUUAAAAUAAAAAGUUUUGUCUUUCCAAUUAUUGAAAUCGAUGCAUUUAAGAAUGAGGUUAUUUUUAUAUUUGUUAUGCGUAAUAAUAUUCUAGUAUUUAUAUUUAUUAUGCAUGAGCAUGAAAGAAAACAAGUGUUUUUUCAUACCUGGUGGAUUUUUUUUUCAUGUAUGUCAUUUCAUCUUGCCCAUUUUUUAGACAACUGAUUGUAAAUUAAAAUGUUUUUAUAAAGACUA